GGAUUUUUCCAUUCCUUCCACCCUAAAUUACCUGGGAUCCUUCAUUUAAGGGCUUGGCUUGUCCGGGACAACCAGCGGAACUCCCUCACUCUGCUCCCAAGCUACAGCGGGGUUUUUCCAACAUGUUCAGGCGCGCUGCUCUUUUCUUGCUUCUCCUCUUCACUGCUUCCGUCUUCCCUUUCCCCCAACGGCAGGUGUUACGUCGCCUCGCACCUCAGCUUCGGGACCCUGUGCACGGGGAAACGAACGCGAAGCGAUUCGCGAAAGGCUUGCCCCCUUUGCCACCAGCUCGGAGGUGGAAUAUUGAAGCUUCAGGAACUGAGAGUAAGUCUGCAGCCACCUUCACUCACGCACGUAGCACGAAGAUGUAUGGAGUGACUAUAAUGCUGUUUGGUCUCCAGCUGCUAAAAGGGCACAGGGCAGCGACACAAGCCUCUGGAACGAUGUUAAAAUUCAAGUAAGACGCGUGGAUGGCGGAAAAGCCAUGAAAUACCUCGAGCUGAAUGGCGCUAAGUACGGACAAGGCAGCGGCGAUGGUUUCUCAGCCACAGUCCAGAAC